AUGGAAAUCAACGAGAAACUCACAAACAGGAAGAAGAGUUUGACUGAAACAAUUGACGAGGAGAACAAGCCGAUCAUCCCAAAAGAGACUCCGAAGAAGAAAUACGUCUCUCCAUUUCGAUUUACAGACCCAUACGACUACUACAAAAUAUUGGACAUCAACACAAACGCAACGGACGAAGAAAUUACUGCGGCGUAUAAAUCAGUUUCCGAGCAAAUUGAUGCUGAGAAGAGUCACGACAAAAGUGACAAAGAUCGUAUGAUAAUGGUUGAAAAGGCAUAUUCUGUGUUAAGUGACCCCUUUGGGCGUAUAGUGUAUGACAGAAUUGGCGUGAUGGGGGAGAGUCUAGGUACAGUAUUAGACUCUGUCAUGCAACAUAUAGUUGGGUAUGUGAUUGGGGCGGUUGUUCUAUUCAUCUUUCUUGUCUGUGUCUACUUUGCGUGGGUUGGGUUGUUACUUGCGCGACUUGAUAUACCCAAGGAAUGGCCUAUUUCAGCGUCCAAUGUUCCAUUGUACUUUCUGUACGCAUUGACUUUAUUCCACUUCUCUUCGUCGUUAGUUGGGAAGAUCACAGGGACAAUAUCGAAUUUCAGUUACUUAGUGGGUCUCAUCUUAUUCUUUGUGCGACUUGAUAUUGGUGGGGACACUUCAUAUCAGUUGUGGCUUGUCCCGUUCUAUGUCGGAGUCCUUUUUAGUGUUAUCACUCAUGUGUUUGACUAUUGUACAGACUAUCCUAUGACAGAUACAAAUGGGAAUACCGUCACAGUCGGGAGAGAACUCAACAUUAAAUUACUGAAUGUGGGGCUUGAUAUUGUACCAUUCGCAGCUUUGGCUACAACGUUUGCAUUCAUUGGAAUACAGGCAGAUAGCACAGAAAAGGACUUUUCAAUACCAACUAUACUCGCAUGUGUCUAUGUAGUAACAUCGCGAGUGUCUGACUACUUCAAAGACUUGAAACUUGGAUUCUUCAGACUGAUAUCUUCAAGUGUAACUGCACUGUUCUUGGUGGUGCAAAUAGUGUUAAUUGGAUUCAACGUGGGAAGUAGACAUAAGUUCUUGUAUACGUACUCAUUCAUCCCAACACUUCUCGUUGGGGCAUUUGCUAUGCUCACUAUUGUUGUCGGGUUACCAAUUUCGUUCUGUCUCUUCAAAAACGUCAUAUUCGACCCGUUCUCAACAGGCUCUUUCUUAUGA